AUGACAAGUUAUUUCACUCCCGGUGCCAGUCAUGGCUCGCCUUCGGCGCAAUCACCGCUUUCCCCGCCCAGCCAGCGAUCUUCUGCAUUGUCCAAUCGAUUGACCUCCAUUCUCUCUGCGUCCUACGCUGACUCCGACAUUCGCGACGCCCUCGAAACUUUGAGUGUCAAAGGAAUUCACAACUCUGCCGAGACACGGCGACAACUUCGACUUGAUGUGCAAAAGGAAGUAGUUCAUUGCAAUGGGGAGAUUGUACGGGACUUUGGGAAGGUGGCGGAGCAAUUGAGACGAAUCGGCGGCGUUAUUACGGCCUUGAACCAGACGUGCGAUGAGAUGCGCAAGCAUAUCAGCUUGGCCAAGCAGGACUCGACACCCGUGCUAGAAGAAGCCAACGCGCUCAUGGCCCAGAAGAAGGACACCGAGACGAAGCAGCGGCUGCUAGAUGCCUUCUCCAAGCACUUUCUCGUGCCCGAAGAAGACGUGUUAUUUUUGACAUCGGCAGAAGAGCCUAUUGACGAACGCUUCUUCGAUAUACUUGCCCGCGUCAAACAAGUCCACCACGACUGUGAGCACCUCCUCGGCGGCGACGACCAACGGCUAGGGUUAGAGGUUAUGGAGCUGAGCACCCGACACCUCAAUUCCGCAUAUCAGAAACUAUACCGGUGGAUUCAGAAGGAGUUCCAGUCUUUGAAUCUCGAGGAUCCUCGAAUUAGUAGCUCCAUUCGCCGUGCCUUGCGGGUCUUGGCCGAGCGGCCGAGUAUGUUCCAUAGCUGUCUGGAUUUCUUUGCAGAAGCGCGUGACUACGUCCUUUCCGAUGCAUUCCACUAUGCACUGACCGAUGCUAUGUCUGGUGGCACCGGAGGGGGCGGCGGGGGUGACCCUAGUGUGAAGCCUAUUGAAUUCUCCGCACAUGACCCGCUCCGAUAUGUCGGCGACAUGCUUGCCUGGGUGCAUUCAACUACUGUGUCUGAACGCGAAGCUUUAGAAGCCCUCUUUGUCGCCGACGGGGAAGAACUCGUGCAGGGCAUCCAAGCUGGACUUAGUAGCGAGCCCUGGGCCCGAAUUGACGAAGAGGAAGAAGCUGUUUUUGAUGGGCGCAAGGCACUCAGCGAUUUGGUCAACCGGGACCUUACGGGGGUUUCUCGUUCGCUCCGCCAGCGAGUGGAGCUGGUCAUCCAAGGUCACGACGACCCCGUCACUUGCUACAAAGUGAUAAACCUUUUGUCUUUUUAUCGUACGACGUUCUCCAGACUGGUCGGUGCUCAAUCACAUCUGGUAGAUCUGAUGCAAACACUGGAAAAUUUUACAUUUGGUCACUUUGAGAGCCUGAUGCGCGACCAAAUCAGCGCCCUUUCAGCCGAGCCAAAUGCUUUGAUCCCACCCAGAGACCUGUCUCCUCCAGAGUUCUUAUUGGAUGCAUUGGAGGAACUGGUAUCGCUCAUGAAGACACACGAGGCUUCGGUUGACCCACAGGAGCCGAUCGAGAACAACGAAAAUCGAUUCACGCCGGUUCUCCGCGUUGCUUUUGAUCCUUUCUUGACCUUGGCGCGGUCUUCAUCCGAUGAGCUCAAGGAUGCUACAGAACAGACCAUCUACCGUACAAAUAUCCUUCUUGCGGCCCGCGCUACCAUUUCGUCAUUCGCAUUUGCUAGCGAAACUCACAACUCCCACCUAUCUACAGCACUAUCUACACUGCGCACCAACCUUCUCGACAUUCAACAUGAAUUCCUUCUCGAAACAUCAGGUUUGCAAGUUCUGCUCGACGCGUUGGAGCCAUUCUCCAAGAAGAGCAAGGAUGGAUAUCCCGAUGCCGAGACAGAGAAGACAGAACAGCAGAAACCCCAGCUUGCAGACCUGAGCCAACCUGCCGGCAUUCCAGCCCGACUCAUUGGUCACCAGCUGGACGACUUCCUCCCAUCGGCACUCAUGGACGCCACAGAACAUCUGAAGCGCGUUCAGAGUGCAUCACUCAUUCAAAGCGUCACGGAAGAUGCUGUUGAGGCCUUUUGCCGUGAUUUCGAGUUUGUCGAGGGCAUGAUCAUCGCCGCGGAUGAUGCACGGGGCAUGACUCAGGUCACCCUGAGAACUAGUGGUAGUAUGAUCAGUGGUCGAAGUGGCAAGUCAGCACGCACGGUGGAAGAUGGGAAGGAAGCGAGAGACGACAAUGCGAAAGAAGAGCAGUGGAGUCUACGAUCGCUAUUCCCCCGAACGACUGGGGAGAUUCGCGUUCUAUUAAGUUGA